CGAGAUCACCUGGACCAAGAAGAGGCUCCGACGCUGCCCCCUCCGCUUCUAAGGGACACUGGAUCCGCAGCUGCGCCGCUGGCCCCGGUGAGUCAUCACAAUGUUUGCCAAGGCCACCAGGAAUUUUCUCAAAGACACUGACCCAGGAGGGGACUUGAUCCCAGUGUCGAGCCUGAAUGACUCAUACAGGUUACAGCUCCUGAGUUUGGUGGUGAAGAAAAAGAAGUUUUGGUGUUGGCAGAGACCCAAGUACCAGUUUUUAUCAGCCACCAUCAAUGACAUCCUGACUAAAGAUGAGUUUGUGAACCAAGUUGUGGUCGAGUCAGACUUUGUGAAGUAUGAGGGGAAGUUUGAAGAUGUCACAAAGGGCACUAUUGAGACUGCCUUGGGGAGGAUCACUCUUAAGGCUGGAAGAUCGGGCUUGGUGGAGAGCCAGUCUUCCUUUGGGACGCUUCGGAAGCACGAGGUGGACCUGCAGCAGCUCAUCAGGGAGUCUGUGGAUAGGAAGAUAAAUCUGAAGAGUCCUUUGCUGCAGCAAGUCCUGGAGAGGAAGAAUGAGGUCCUGUGCAUCUUGACACAAAAGAUCGUGACCACUCAAAAGUGUGUCAUCUCUGAGCAUGUCCAGAUAGAAGAUAAAUGUGGUGGCAUGGUGGGCCUCAAGACCAAAAGGGUGAAGGUCUCUGUGAGUGAAAAUGGGAAUGUGAUGACAGACUCCAACGUGGUCCUGGAGAUCCCGGCAUCCACCCCCAUCGCCUACAGGGUCCUGGAGCUGUAUGUCAAGCGGGACGGCCAGUUUGAAUUCUGCUUGCUGAAGGAGAAAAAAGGUGGCUUUGAGCAAGAGAGUGCAGAUGGCCUCGAUCACCUGGAUGCUGGGAUCUAUGGAGAGCAAAUCUUCCCCUUCAUGCCAGACAUUGCGGAUGGGACUUCUGAGGCUGCAAAGCUCGUGCCUGCUGAGGGGCCAUUAAGCUCCUUAAAACACGGGAUGCUGCUCUUGGAGAGGAAUUUCCGUCCCUUUGUGGAGCUGUCAGAGCAUCACCAAGCAGCUCUGUGUGAAAGCCUCUGGGAAAUCCUGUUCGACGAUGAAUUGGUGGUGGCCCUGGACACCGUGCUUGAUGACAUCUUUACGGGCGGAAGCCCGCAGCUGACGACACUCACAGAGCUGAGCCAUCUUCAGCAACGGCAGCUCGCUACCUUCCUGAAGCUGGCAGGACUCCAAGUGCGGAAGGAUCUGCUGGUGUGGCGGGACACUCAGAGCAGUCAGGAGCUGCUGUCCACCAUCCACUUCUUUAUCAGUGCUCUGGCAGAGAUGCCAGACAACACGCCAGCCCUGAUGGGCACUUGCUGCAAGCUACAUGUGGUACCGGCAUUGUGUUACUUGCCUCGAGUAACAUCUGCUGAUGGCUUUUCUGAACUUGGACACCCGAGCCUGGCCCCUCUCAACAACGCAGAAAGAUUUGAGAUUGUGCAGAAGUUGUUUGCUCUAUCAAACAUCAGCCUGGAACGAAGGGAGGAGACUGUGAAGGCAGUCAUUAUGAAGAAGCCUCAGUAUCUCCCCCUCAUUCUUUAUAUAAUCCUGAAUGGACUUUGUGCUUUAGAAAAAAAAGACAAGUGAGGGCACUAGGUAAAGGCCGAAGGGGUUUUAAUGGUGGGCACCCUGUAUACUCUAGGGAGCCUCUCUUCAGAAAAUCCUAAAAGCUGCACUCAUAAGACAAAUCAAAACGAGGUGAUUCUUUUCCCCAUCAUUUAGGGCUUCCUUUUACAAGAGAACUCAGCAGCGCUCCCUUUCUAAGUAAAAGCUUCGUAACAUUUUUAAUAUUAGGAUCACAAAAAUUCAACUGCUAGAAAAAUACUACCAGAAGGUCUGUCUGGAGGUGCCCACUUGGCAUCGACAACAUUCACAUUUAGAGCUCUGGACCCCAGCAAACAGAGGAGAAUAAGGAGGUUCUCAUCUUGAGCAGGAUUGAGGAUUCUAAGCCUACAUCUAGAAAAGAGACCUUGUCUGCAUAAAUGGGCCUUUGAAGAGGUUGCAAGCCCGUCCUCUUUCUCCCAUCACCUUCAAGGGGAGCAAGAGGUGCUUUUGCUUUUCAACUGAGAUGACUUUAUUCUGGUGGUGACUGAUAAAGGACCUGGAGGGUGCAGAGGCUUCCUGUGGCCACUUGUCCAACAACCUCCCAGCAAAGUCGUGGCUUCUUCUGCUAUGCAUUUACUCUUUGAUCCUGAUGGUGUAUAAUGGAGACAUGGUGUGAGCCACGUGUACAGUUGACAGUAGUUUUACUUACCCUUGCAUUCCAGAUGUUUAAUUUAUAAAACUGUGGGACAUGAGAGGAGGUUCUAAACUCUGUGUCAUGCCUGUCUCUGUUCCAACAUCUCUUCCAAGUGACCUGUUAAUGUCCUAGUCACCAACAGGAUCAGCUGCCAUCUAUCUGGGGCUCAGGCAGUUGGGAGAUUGGUCUAGUGCUUUUUGCCUUUAUUUCUGAAGGUGAGGAGGCAUCCCUGAGCUGGGCUGCCUGGCACCUGGGACUGUGCCAUGCUGCAGUCAGAAGGCAGGUGCCAUUUGUCCUCAGGUGACAAGGGUAUAUCCUAGCAAGGAAAAUCUGUCUGCUAAACAAAUGAACAGCCCCAUUGCAGUUACUACAUGACUGUAGUGAUGAUAAAAGGCUCACAACCUCUUCAAAUAAGAAGUCUUUAUUUCUUUAUAUAUACAAAAAUAUUUUAUUGGGAAUAGUUAAAUCUCAUAGAUUUCGUACAUUUCUGUAAUUUGCAUUAUGGACAACACAUGAACAAGACAUGAAAUGUGUGAAAGAGGAGGAAGGAACUUUGUAAAACGGAAGAACCCUUGGUUGCAGAGCAGCUGGCUUGUCCUUGGGCAAAGCCAACAUCAGGGUAUCCCUUCUACGGGAACUGUGAUGGGUAAGAUACCUUGGAAAGGAGCAGCAAUUGACUUUAUUAACACAGGAAUAGCUAAAUUCUUGCAGUGUGUUCACACUUGGGUCUUGGGGCUGCCAAGCUUUUUUGCCCUCAGUUUUUAAAACUGUUCUCUUCCACGUAUGUAUAAAAGACAAUUAGAAAGAACAUGCAUUUUAAUGUCCAAUGUAAAACUACUUAUGAAAAGAAAUAUCAAGGUCAAGAAGAAAAAUCCCAAAGCUUUCUACAUCAUCCUUAAAGAAUCUUAAAACAAAAAUGUCCUAAGUCUGGGGUGCUGGCUCUUUGAAAAAAAGAACCUAAGGCGCCAUCUUUCCAACUAACCUUAUGGAAACAUGGGGGGGGGGUGGAGUUUCACUUUAAAAUACAUGGAGGAAAAAAAUUUUUUUUAUAAGUCUGGGUCUUUUGGACUUGUAUUUAUUCCAACUCUGCCACUUAGUCCCAGCUUGAUUUACAGCCUUUUUCUCUCUCUCUUUACCUGUAAAAUGAAAUUCUGACCAGAUGCCCAUCAAAGUUCCUUCCAGACCAAUCUCUAAGCCUAUGAACUCACCCGUUCUUCACGCGGACCAGGUGAACUUCAGUUUACUAAACAGGACUCUUCUACUUAGAUUUAUACACCUCUACAGUUUAAAUUCUCAUCCUUUUGUUAAAAACAAAACCUCGAUGCAUUUUAAAGUGGUAACAAUUGGUGACUAAUCUUAGUAUUGAUAAUUUGGGAAACCAAUAAGCUGGUUAAUUACUGCUCCCUAUUUUACAUGGUUAAGGUGGAAACCUGCAACUAAUAUAAAGUUUAUGUGAAGUUUCUCGGACAUUGCUCUCCUUGUGGGAGAAAAAUCGGCGGUCAUGGCCAGAAUCGACCAACCAACAAGCAUUUAUUAAUCACCAACUGUGGACCUCACCAACACUCCUAGACCGCCGUAGGCUGAAAUGCCACUGUCGGUGCCCCUCUGACUUGUGUUCUGCACCCCCUCACCAACCUUGGCUCAGCUCCUUGAAUGGCACCUGUGGGUGUCUUCACUUAGCAGGGGCUGGGAGGCAGGAAAAAGGAAAGGAGUCAAGUUGGCUCCUGAAGAACUUAGAACCAACCCAAGCUGGGCCUCAGGGGCAGGAGAGCCAGUGGUGGGUGAUGGCGGCUCCUAAGAGGUAUAAAGAAUGUGGCAACCACCACCAUGAGGUAAACAUUCAGGAAACCAGCUCAGAUGUUAGGAGAAAAGAAAGGAAUUGUAAUCAUAAGACACUGGGCACAUUUCAGGAAUAACCACCCCCCCUCCCCCAUAUCUAACAGUCUAAAUCUUUUCAAACAACAAAAAAAGAGAAAAGAUUAGUUGCCUGCAUUUUGACCUAACUUUACAUUAAUCUUCCAUUUGCUUUUAUCUGACCUUGAAUGCUAAACUGCUUUCUCCAGAAUGCAACUCAGGGCUUUGCUCCAUGGCCGCAGAGAAAGAACUCAAGGACAAGGGAAGAAGAGUCUGUUCCUUAGACUAACCCUGAGUUAUUCACUAUGAAUGCAGAGAUAGAGGAGUCAUCAUUUCUGAGUGUAAGGCUUUGGCUCCAGAAGAGAUUUUGAAUUACAGGCUAGAUCAUCAUCUCCUGGGCCUGCAUCUUUGGGGCUGCUAUGGGAUUAAAAAUGGGGUGUCUGAUUCCCAAGCUUGGAAAAACACAUUCCAGAGAGCAAAGGGAUAUGAGGAAAACAGCCCCAGGAGAUAACCACGAGGAGUCCAUGUGUACCAACUCCAAACCUAGGGAGUGCUUUCUGAAUUAGGAUUUUUCAUUUCAGAGGUGAGAACUACAUGAUCCUCUUUUGAGAAGAAGGAAAGGGAACAUUAAAUAAUCUCCCUUAACUCAACAGAAAGCUUCAGUCUUGUCACAGAAAAUUCAGGAUUAGAACUUCAAACCUAUCAGAGUAGCCUCAGGCCUCCUCCCUACAGUUGGUCCAGAGUAGGACAGAAACAAGGCAGGACAGAGGUGUGGGGGGGUGAGAGGGGCAGCUAAUCCCGCAGUGGUCCCCAGCUCUGACUCUCUAACUGGAAAAGCCCAUCCUGGGAACCGAGGAGAUAGAUUAGAAGAGGAAACGCAGAUGAAGAGAAUGCCUACUUACGUAGGUAGGUAGGUAAACAAAACAUACGUACCUGUGUGUGGACAAGACCCCCCACACCCCCAGCCCAAGAGAGUCAGUCAGUCAAGCUGACAAUCUUUAUAAACUCCUGGGCUAACAGAAGAGCAGCUCGAACAACCAGGCCCAUCUCAUUCCAAAGGCGUUUUAUUGCAAGAUUAAAAUGACCAUUUCCUAAUAAAG